CCAUCAUCGACUUUCCCACUUCUCGCUCCUUACUCAUCCCACACGCCCACAUUCUUGCAAUUCACAUAGGAUCGAUUCAAAAUGGCAUCCUUCCUCACCACCCUCGGCCUCACAGCCAACAACACCCUUGCCCCCCUCCCCAACUAUGGGCCAUACUUCCUGCUUGGAAACUUCCUCUUCUCCUACGUCGUCACCACCACGCGCUUCCAAAAGACCUCGUACGGUUGCGACAACAAUAUAAACCCCCGUUACGACCUCGAAUCUCCCCGCGCCGAACAACUCGUCUCAAAGGGCAAACUCACCACCGAGCAACUAGAACAACUCCGCCGCAUCCAAUCCGCGCACUCCAACUCCAUGGAACACUAUACCGUUUUCGCCGCCGCUAUCCUGUCUGCCAUGAUUGCAAAAUUGGACGGAGGUGUUGUUAACAGAUAUGCUACCAUUUACACACUGGUGAGGGCGGCGUAUUUCUGGGUGUACAGACAGAACACUACCAGACAGGCUGCUGGGUUCAGAAGUGUGCUUUGGUGGGCUAGCAACAUUGUUUGCAUUCGUCUUUUCUGGUUUGCUGGUAAGGCUUUGAACAAGAAUGUGCUGUAGAGAAGGCUAGACGCAUGAUUGGGUAUAUAAGACAGAACAAUCAUAGAAGCCUUGUUUCUACAAGAUGUGUGAAGAUAGAGUUGUCAGAAGACUGAUCUCCAGAGUGGAUGAACGUGCGAUGCGUCUCAACGAGCUCUGCUUUGCUCGCUCCUUGAUGUGAUCCACAUCUGUUUGUUGGCGAGGUGGGUGGGACGCGAUCAAGCGCGCGCCAAACACGAUCCACUCGAGAACCAUGUGCUCGCUCAACUCCGGAACCGCGAAUCAAUGUAUCAAAAUCACACAGCUGAGAUAAACGAGAGCCCUUGUUCUCGAUAUGGAGGAUGCUGUAGGGCUACGAAGGGGG